AUGUUCAUCCAUUUGUUCGUGGUUUUACCACUAGUUGAGGUUUUACCGAUGCCAGCUGAAGCAAGAAAUCGUUGUAAGGGUGAGACUGAUUGGAGGAAAGAACUGGAGAAGUUGGGUAAGACUGACUAUAGAUGGAAAAUGAAAGCACUGACUGCGCUUAACAAUUACUUCAAAGGAAUUCCCAAACUAAAAUACUGCCCAGAGGAGGAGGGAAAAGCCGACCGUUGUGCAUUAGCUAAUAUCGACAAUAUGUCGUUCGUAAAUCCGCAGUGUAGGCCAUUCCCAUAUAGACCACGCAAAGUCUAUGAAGAAGAUAAAAUAAAGGAAGAUGAAAUCGCUAAUUUGCUUGGACAAGAAUAUAUAAAGUUUUGUUAUGAGGAGGUGAGUAAGCAGUACUUAUGUCCACUCCAUUAA